AUGGACGAGCUUUCGGACCUCAACGCACAGAUGAUUGAAAAGCAUCGCCAACAAAAUCCACAGAAUCAGGAGGAUCUUGCUUCUCUGCAAGCUAAAUGUAUGAAAAUGGCUCCAGUUGCGCAAAAGUACUGCGAGAAGAGUGCCUUGACGAAAGGAAAUGUUCACCGUUGCGCUGCCUAUUUCCGUGAUUGCUCCAGAUUUUUCGGCGAAGCGGAUCCACUUCACUCCAUAGCAAAUGCUUUCAGUUCAGCGGUUAAUCUGAACUACGCGACGAUCGGUGUGAAUGGAAUACCGUACUAUCCUAUUAAUGAAGAA